AUGCCUCUGGCCUUGGCGCUGCUGCUGCUGCUGUGGGGCGCGGGCGGCCGCGGGGGUUGGGGCUGCCUGCAGUGCGACGUCACGGCGCAGCAGGCCCUGGGUGACCUGCGCUCCUCCCUCAUUCCGGCCAGUUUCCACCUGGACGGGCUGCGGGCCCGCGCGCAGGCGCUGCUCCUGGGCAUGGAGGGCUCGUUCUUCAAGGACUAUGCUCUCAAAGCCUUUGUGGGGAAAGUGGAGGUAGAUCACCUGGAAAGUGUGGUGUCCUUUGUCAAGAACCAAACUCAGUACAUAAAGGACAAUUCUCUGACAGAUGUACCCCUACUGGAGGAACUGGUGAAGUUUCGGGAGAGCAUAAUCAAGGAGUUCAAGAAAGUUCUAAGAUCCUAUGAACUGAAAGCCUGUGAUCCCAAAGUCUGCCACUUGCUCAAAGAAGAAGUCUUGGACUGUUUACUUUGUAAGAAAGUCAGCCCCAACUGUAUCAAAGAAAAGUACUGCUUUGUGGAUGGGCAGACACGCAUGGCCCUGAGGUACGAGGACAGUGGGUACCCGAAGCACCUGAAGCUGGUGGGCAUCCUCUUAACCGUGUUUCUGGCUGUCUUUGUCUUCUUGGCCAUCCUGAUCUCGGCUUGUACAUACAGGCAGAACCGAAAACUGCUGCUGAAGUAG